CCUGGUGAACUCGAUACAAAGUAGCAGGCUGGAGGAGGAGUUCCAUAGUUGACAACAGAUCCGGCUUGACCACAGCCGAACAGCAGCUGACACUCUCUCCUCCUCUCCUCGGUGGAAACAUGGCACUGAGCCGUCUGCAGAAGGCUCAGGUAUGGCUCUUCAAGGCGGUUACAGGAGUCCUCUUCACGCUGUUUCGCCUCUUGUCCCCUCGGAGACCUGCUGUGUCCGGUAAGAAGCUCCCUCUCAUCACCAACCCUCUCCUGCUGGUGUCAGCCACGCAGCUCGCCAAGAAGAUCCGGAGGAAAGAGGUAUCAAGUGUUGAGGUGGUGCAGGCUUACAUUAACAGGAUCCAGGAAGUCAACCCUUUUCUGAACGCUGUUACAAAAGACAGGUUUGAUGCUGCCCUCCAGGAGGCGACGCAGGUCGACAAGCUGAUUGAGGAGGAAACUGGAGGAGAGGAGGUGCUGGAGGAUCGACUGCCUUUACUGGGAGUCCCACUCUCUGUCAAAGGAUCCUACGCCCUCCAGGGUAUGCCCCAAACUACAGGUGUGAUUCACAGGCGAGGAGUCGUGGCCACAGUCGACAAUCCUCCGGUGGCCCUGCUGAAGAGAUCGGGGGCGAUCCCGAUGGGUGUCACCAACACCAGUGAGCUGUGUAUGUGGGGAGAGUCCCACAACCACCUCCACGGCAUCACCAACAACCCCUACGACCUGGAGAGGACACCAGGAGGGAGUUCAGGUGGGGAGGGCAGUAUACUGGGAGGAGCAGGCGCAGUCAUCGGCGUGGGCUCAGACAUCGGCGGCAGCAUCCGUAUGCCCUCUUUCUUCAAUGGAAUAUUUGGCCAUAAAACCACUCCUGGUGUCGUGUCAUCUGAGAACCAUCACCCUCCUUGCACUGGCAGACAAGAAGAGUACGCCAGCCUCGGUCCCAUGUGCCGCUACGCUGAGGACCUGCUGCCCAUGCUCAAGAUCAUGGCGGGACCCAACGCUCACAUGUUGUCCUUGAACACGAAGGUUGACAUAAAGAAGCUGCGGUUCUUCACCAUCCCUCACGAUGGCGGCUCUCAAAUGACAACGCCCGUCAGCAAAGAGCUCUUGGAGAUUCAGAGGAAGGUGGUGAAGCGUCUGGAGGCCGACCUCGGAGUGGAAGUCCAAGAAGUGCGUUUCCCUGAGCUCCGCUACGGCUACCAGAUUUGGGACACCUACAUGGGUCUUCCUGACAAGCAGGGCAAGCCCCCUCGGCCAUUUGUUGAGCUGAUGGGGGAACCUGGAAGAUCCGUGUGGCCUCUGUGGGAGCUGCUGAAAUGGAUGAUGGGAAAAUCAGCGCAUACCAUACCUGCUAUCGGUUUGGCCCUGCUGGAGAUGACCCACGUGUCCAAACCCUCGACCUUCUUCAUCCAGCAGAAGGAGAAGCUGCAGAAGGAGGUGGACGAGCUGCUGGGCACCGACGGUGUUUUUCUUUACCCCUCGCACCCCAGAGUGGCUCCCAAACACCACCACCCGCUCUUCAGACCCUUUGACUUCGUCUACACAGGUAUAAUCAACAUCCUCGGGCUGCCGGUCACCCAGUGUCCUCUGGGUAUGGGUGAAGAAGGUCUGCCUCUAGGCGUGCAGGUCGUUGCUGGGAAGCUACAGGACCAUCUGACCCUCGAGGUGGCUCUCUACCUGGAGAAGACGUUCGGAGGCUGGAGGGAACCUGGGGCCAACUAAAAUCACACUCUCACGCUGACAGCCAUUACCAAAUCUACCAGACUGGAGCCGGUUGGACUGAAGAUUGUGGUACUCUCUUAUCUGCCUUGCUGCUUGCCGUAGUACACAAAGAGGUACAAUCAGAUCGCUGAAUGUUCAGGUGGAAGAGAUUUUUGCACUAAUGAAAGUGUCAGUCAUGAUUUUAUAAUUUAACCUGUUCAGAGACGAUUACAUCAUUAGCACAAGCUUUAAAGAAAGAUAGAUUUUUAUAUUAGUGGAGCAUUCACAUUAACACACAAAAUAAAGUUUUUUGACUGAGUAAUACGUUUAACACUUUAAUAUAGUGCCAGUGUCAACUGUCAAAGCCCUGUGUGUAGUGCAGAUACCUACAUUUUAUAGAAUUUGGGCUUGUUUUUGGACUGGCACCUGUACAGUUACAUGUGUAUGUGCUACUGUUUUAACUCUCAAAAGGUCAGCACAUGACUGGUUCGAGGUUUUAAAUGCCCUCCACACCCACACAAACGUUUUCUGUUGGUCCAACUAAUUAGACGUCUGCUCAGGUUCAGAGCUAAGUGCUGAUGUUACCUGACUCCAUAUACUUUAAAUAAACAUAAAGGUUUUGUCCUGUUGGAAAAGGUGCAACUCAUCUAGAGAGAUGACAAUCAAGUGUGGUCAGGACAUGCUCACACAUCCCCGAGGAGGUCAGAAUAAUGAAACACCUUGUGUAGAUGUGGAGGGGUUUUUAACUAAUUAGGAAUGGUAACAACAGAUUUAAGUAACAGUCAGGACUGGACAGUAAAACAUGUUUUAACAAACCUCAGUUGUGUGGUAAUGUGAAUGUUGCAUAAUAAUAACUGUGGUAUCUGUUUUAUGCUCCAAAUCAUUUGUUUCAUUUAAUAAAAUAAAAAAAGGUAUGAAUA